UUGAUAGCGUUUUUAUCUGAACCUCCGAGUGCACGCAGCAAACAAGCCAUUUGCUUUGCUCCUGCCUUUGCUGUAAGUGCUGCUCUCCGCUGCUCAGACAGACGGCUCUCUGCAUCUCGGCGCCAUGGCAACCUGUCAACAAAACACGCCAUCCAAACUUCACACAGGGACACUGAUUUCAAGUUGGAGGGUGAUUAUUAGCUGCUAACAACUAAUGAGAACUGAAGCCCCGCUUCGUGGGAAGAACCUGGUCAAGGAGACGCGCGCGGCUGCAGCCUGAAAUCUGAGAGGAGGUAGGACAGCAGCCACCCAGCCUGACGGAGGGGCGCGUGGAGGCAUAAAGGAGCUCCAGCGAGCCGGACAGAGGUCGGCGUGCGUGGGCCAAUGGCCCGGCGCUCGGGGCCUGAUGGGAACGCACCAGGCAGAGGUGAGGAGGAGGAGGAGCCCAUCUCCGACCAGGACUACGACACCGAUUUAGAGCCGGAAGGGACCGAGCAGCCGUUUGACCCGACAGGCCGCGCCAGCUACACGGAGGCGUGCGAGGAGCUGCAGGUGGCGCCGGCCGCUUGUUUCCUGCGUCACUCGCAGAGUCAGGAGCUGUCGAUGAAGCAUUACGGCCUGGGGCCGCAGGGCACCAAAGCGCUGGCGGUUCCCCUGGCAACCAACACUUCUAUGCUGAGGCUGAACCUGAGGGAUAAUUGGAUGGAGGGAAUGGGCGGAGCUGCCGUGGCCGAGAUGUUAAAGGAAAAUUGUUACAUUACAGAAAUAGACCUAUCUGGCAACCGCCUCGGGGACAACGGGGCCCGGGCCGUUGCCGGCAUGCUGAAGGAGAACAGCACCCUGCUGAGCCUCAACUUGUCUGGAAACCGUCUGACAGACCGGUGUGCUGAGCACCUUGGCCCGGCUCUCAUCACCAACAGCAAGCUCCAGCGCCUGGACCUCAGCUACAACGGCCUGGGAGAGCGUGCAGGUCACAUCCUUGGAGACGCUCUGUCGGAGAACACGGGGUUGAGAUCUCUAAGUUUGGCCUGGAACUGCAUUAGAGGACGAGGAGCUGUGAUGUUGGCCAGUGGCCUUGAGGGAAACAUUUUCCUCAAAGAUGUGGACCUGUCAUACAAUGGCUUUGGCAAAGAAGGAGCUUUUGCUCUGGGACAGGCUCUGAGGGAGAACAAUGUUUUGGAGGAUUUGAGUGUGAGUAACAACCGAAUACCCCCUGAAGGAGCCAUCCGCCUCGCCAUGGGUCUCAGAGUAAACAAGACAAUCAAAUCCCUGAAUAUGGGCAGGAACCCCAUCCAAAGCGCUGGGUGCUAUGGGAUUCUCAAGUCUAUACGAGAGAACCCAGAUUCAGUCAUGGAAACAUUAGACUUCGCAGACAUCACAGUUAACCAGGAGUUUGAAGACUUGUACAAAGCAGUGAAAGAAGCAUUCCCUGCGCUUACAGUAAAUCACGGGGGCAGAGUUGGCACAUUCAGAAAAGCAAAAGCUUGAAAAGUAUUACUGUAAUUGCUGUACUUUUAUGCCAGAAAAGAUAGAAAAGGUCUUGUCAAAGCCCUGUGGAUGUUUUCAUCGACAGAAGAACUAAAGGAUGGAUGUCUGCAAGGAUAUCAGUUUCUAAGAAAGACUGAUACAGAGUCAUGAGAGCAUAUCUUUUUGAAUAAAAUGUAUCUUCAUGAAAUACAACUUUAUAUGUACCCAGUCAAAUGAAGAUAAAGAUACUGUUCAGUAUUUCAAUACUAGGAGAGGCAGUAGGAUCAUGUGUGCGGUUAGUGCUUGAAAUGUAGUGUUGUUGAAGUCACUGAAUAUGAGCAUACAAUACA